GGUGGGUAGCCCUAUGGAAAUACGUCUGGUGGCGCAUGAGUCAUUUUCUAGCUUUGUUUGUGUGAUUGUUGGACGUGGCAAUAUCAUUUAUAAUAACGUCAUACAAGUGCCCAGCGGCGGCAGCAGCCGAAAGCAUCAAUUCUCUAUUACACCAACACAUGAAAUGAUGCCAAAAGCGCAUAUUUUUGCUUAUUUUUUCAAAAAUGGUAAAAUGUUCUAUUAUGAGACUACAUUUUCAGUAGAAAAGCAAUUUGAAAAUAGUAUUUCCAUCGACACACCUGAAACCGUUAAACCUGGUAGUAUUAUUUCCAUAACUGUGGAUACCGAUCCUAACUCAUAUGUUGGCUUGCUUGGCAUGGAUAAGAGUGUUUUAUUGCUUAGGUCUGGUAAUGAUUUUGAUGCCGAAACGAUACUCAAUGGUUUGGAAACUGUGAUAACAAAAACGCCAGAAGCUUAUUUGCCGCCAAACAGCAGCUAUCCUGGCGAAAUUGCCGGUCUCGUAACAAUGACCAAUGCCCACUACGAUGCAGAGCUAACACAAACUGCAAUGGAUAUAAGAGCCAGAGCUUCAGCACCUAAGAAACGUGUUCGUCGAAAUUUCUUUGAAACUUUUGCCUUCGAUGAUUUUAUGAGUGUCGAUGGUCAGGAUACAGUCGUGGAGAAAGUACCAGACACCAUUACAUCGUGGGUGAUUACGGGAUUUUCAAUUAAUCCGAAAACUGGAUUUGCACUCACAUCAAGUCCAACAAUUUUGCGAACAUUUUUGGAAUUCUUUGUUACAGUCAAUUUGCCCUAUGCCGUAAAAAUAGGUGAAAUAAUUACACUACCUGUAGUAGUUUUCAACUAUCUACAUACAGACACGCGUGCUAGUGUCUCCAUGGAAAUUGAAAAUGAUGAAUUUGAAUUCGUUGCGAAAUUAAGUGAAACAAAGUACACCAUUUCUACGCAUGUGCGUCGCGAAAAAACUACAACGGUACAUUUUGCAAUACGUCCAAAAGUGACGGGCAUGAUAACUCUAAGGAUAUCGGCAGAAUGUCCUUUCGCCAGCGAUGCGAUCAUAAAGCAGCUGCGGGUAGAGUACGAAGGUACCACAGUAUGGAAAAAUAUGGACUUCUACAUUAAUGGAGAAGAGAGUAAAACGAUUCAAUUGAAUAUACCACAAAAUAGUGUGCCAGGCUCUGAACACAUUGAAAUAUCGGUUAUGAACUUUUUAAUGGGCUCUAUGCUGAAUUUAAUCAAUAGCGGUGAGAAUUUCGAUCGACUUAUUAGAAGUCCCACAGGUUGUGGCGAACAAAAUAUGAUUUAUUCGGUGCCGAAUUUAUUGGUGUUGAAAUAUUUACAGAGCACCUCGAUAACGAAUAAAACGCUUUUCGAACAAACCAAAAGUUACCUCGAAAUUGGUUACCAGCGUGAACUUACCUACAAACUUUCGGAUGGUUCGUUUAGUACUUGGGGUCGUGAGCCCGGCAUUACUUGGCUAACGGCAUAUGUAACGCGCAUAUUUGACGAAGCCAAAUCAUAUUGUUUCGUCGAUGAUAAUGUCCUUAAACGCGGAUUUGAAUUUUUAGCCAGCAAACAAGAGGCAGACGGAAGCUUCAGAGAAGAUGGCCGAUUAUUGGAUUUCGCGAAUCUUGACAAAUUGAGUGUAACUGCAUCUGUGCUACUUGCUUUUCUUCAAAAUCAACAACAUACAACAGAAAAAUAUAAAAAUAUUGUGAACAAGGGUUUAGAAUAUGUGAAAAAUAAUGUGAAGCAAAGUAGCGAUAUGCGUUCAAUUGCUUUGUCUUUGUAUGUAUUGCAAUUGUGUCAAGAUCCUAUGGUCACUGAGCUACUAACAAUAUUGGAAGGAAAAGCAAAGACCAGCGGUAAUUACAAAUGGUGGCAAUAUGCUGAGCAGCCACGUAAUAUUGAUGUUUAUGUAACGGGUUAUAUACUAUUGACAUUGAUGGAAUUGAAAAAACCAAUUGCUCCAACUAUCAAAUGGUUAGUAUUGAAGCGGAAUAGUAAUGGUGGAUUUGCGUCGACCUUCGAAACUGAGGUGGGACUGCGCGCCUUGGCCACCUAUGCCGCGAAGUACAAGGAAAUGGAUAGCAAUUUGAAGAUUGAUGUGCAUGCGCAAGGGCAACUGCUACAAACUUUCGAAAUUGGAGAAAAUAGUACAGAUCUUAACAAAAAAAUUCAGCUUCCCAAGCAUAUACGAGGAUUAGAAUUCAACUCCAUUGGCAAGGGCAAGGCAACUUUCCAAAUUAAUUAUCGCUACAAUAGCUUGAUACCUGAGAAAACCGUUUUCGAAGUAAACUCUUCGAUCUCCAAUCCAUCGGCUAUAAGAAAAACAUUAGAAAUCUGCGCACAUUUACAUUCCAUUCAUGUGGAACGCACUGGCAUGGCGGUUAUGGAAGUGAACUUGCCGUCUAGCGAACAGGUAGCGCCCGAUUGCUGCAACCUCAGCUAUACCAAGCGAACAAAGAUGAUAAAACGGUCAAAAUCUAAUCAAAAACUGGACAUUUACUUCGAGGGAUUCUCAAAGGAUUCUAGUGAUUGUCUACAUAUACCAAUGGUGAAAGUUUAUAAUGUAACAAAUCAAAAAGCUGGUUCAAUUGUUAUUUAUGAUUACUAUAAGAAAAAUUCUAUGGAUAAAUACUUUUAUGAAAUUUAGACGAAAAAAUUAAAUAUUUAUGGCUUUAAUUAUAAAAAAUACAAUAAGUUUAAAGAG